ACGUCACAAGACGUAAAACUGGAUGGACCGCCGUCCGCAGACUUUUAACAUGUCUCACUUGGCUGCUGUGCCUGCUUGGUGUCGUCACGUUUGGACCUCGAUUAACAACUGAAGGCUAGAAGAGCCGAGACGAGGACAGAAAACAAAUGUAAAUUAAUUCAAAUUUCAAGAACUAGCACCGUGUUCGCUCAUGCUAACUGUAGCCGACCUAGCAUAUAGCAGGUGAACGUUCUCUUCCAUACAGUUACAGGUGACUACUAGCUUGACCCAGCCGUGUGGCUAUCUCAUUCACAGCCAACGAUAAGUAACUAACGUCGGCCUUCACUUCCGGACACUACCGGGGGUUGACGGUUCUUUGUAAAGAGACCUCUUGUAGCUGUAGUUUAGUCUGGACGUCAUCAUCAGCGAUGAUCAGACUUCCACGAAUGAAGAGUCUGCCCUACUUCUGCCGGGGAGAGGUCAUUCGAGGCUUCGGGAGAGGAAGCAAGGAGCUGGGGAUUCCCACAGCCAACUUUCCAGACGCGGUGGUGGACAAACUGCCGGCGGACAUCAGCACGGGCAUCUACUACGGCUGGGCCUGCGUGGGAAACGGCGAUGUGCACAAAAUGGUGAUUAGCAUCGGCUGGAACCCGUACUACAAAAACACCAAGAAGUCCAUGGAGACUCAUGUGAUCCACAAGUUCAAGGAGGACUUCUACGGGGAAACCCUCAGUGUGGUCUUGGUGGGCUACAUCCGACCGGAGAGAAGCUACGACUCGCUAGAAGCGCUCAUCGCAGCCAUCAACGGCGACAUCGAGGAGGCCAAGGUCCAGCUGGAGCUGCCCGAUCACGUCAAGCUGAGGGAGGACAACUUCUUCACCGGCGGACGACGCUCCACCCCCCCCUCCUCGUCCUCACAGACUAUCAUGAACGGACACUGAGAGUCGUUACUUUGGUUCUGUUUUAUAUAUUAGCUGCGAGCUGUGACAAUUCAACGUAAAUCUUGUCAACACUUCAAACACCCCCCAGUGUGGGGGUGAAGUCAGGGCAUUAUUGUGUAGGACCACGGCACACAAGGACGCUAUGCAACCAAGGAGACUUGUGGGACUAUUACACAAGUCCGACCCCUCUCACCCUCCUGUUCAUGCAUUUGUUUGUGCCAGCUUGCGAAACCUCAAAGAAUAAAGUCCACUUAACAGAGCGAGCCCCUUAAAACAUGAUUUAUAAAUCAUUGAUGAAACCCCAAGCAGGAGAUACUUGGGACUGAUAUAGCCCCCACAAUAUUGACAGAAUCAUGAUACGGUUAUUGUAUCUCAGCAGCUUCAGAUUGAUGUCACAGUGAUAUCCGCCCACAAGAUUGACAGUAUCAUGAUACGGUUAUUGUAUCAGCUGAAUCAGAUUGAUAUCACAUGAUAUCUGCCCACAAUAUUGACAGAAUCAUGAUACGGUUAUUGUAUCAACAGCUUCAGAUUAAUAUCACAGUGGUUUCUGGCCACAAUAUAAACAGUAUCAUGAUACGGUUAUUGUAUGAACAGCUUCAGAUUAAUAUCACCGGGAUAUAUCCCCCCACAAUAUUGACAGUAUCAUGAUACGGUUAUUGUAUCAGCAGCUUCAGAUUAAUAUCUCAGUGGUAUCUGCCCACCAUAUCAACAGUAUCAUGAUACGGUUAUUGUAUCAACGUUUGAUAUUACUGUGAUAUCUGCCCACAAUAUCAACAGUAAUAUGAUACGGUUAUUGUAUCAGCAGAUUCAGAUUGAUAUCACCAUGAUAUCUGCCCACAAUAUUGACAGAAUCAUGAUACGGUUAUUGUAUCAACAGCUUCAGAUUGAUAUCACAGUGAUAUCUGGCCACAAUAUCAACAGUAUCAUGAUGCGUGAUGACCUGGUCCUAGAAGAAAGCCCAAGCAGGAGAUACUUGGGACUUUACUGUAUUUUCCUUGAUGAAAGUAUCCGUGUGUAUAAAUGAUCUUUCCUGUCAAUUGGUCACAAAGCUUUUGGAGCGUCGCCUUGCCACUAGUCACUGGACUGAUGUAAUAAAGCUGUGUGUAUUUACAUUCUA